AACCCUGAGUCUCUGGACAGGUCCAUCCAGAACACCCUCUCAGCCCUCUAUCCUCCCUUCGAGGCCACAGCCCCCACCGUCCUGAGCCAGCUCUUCCAGGUCAUAGAGGAACGUUACCAAGGAGACGCCCUCCAGUGUCUGCUGGACUUCCUCAUUCCAGCCAAACACAUCCUUGAGAGUGUUCAGCAGGCUGCCUGUGUGAGUCAACAGCCUCAGAGAUAUACACAUCAACACAGAUGCUAUACAAAAAAGACAUAACAGUUCACCAUACACAUUAUAUACAGGCAUACAGGCUCAAAUAAAUACCACCUAUACCAAACAAAGUUACCUCAAUUACAAAGCUUGCUAAGUAAUGCUAAGUAUAAAGACAAAUUAAAUGGUAAAGAAAUGUUUGUCAUUUUCUCUCGUCAGGCCCAGUACUCUGAUGUGGUGUUCCUCUGUGAGGGCUGGCCUCUGUGUCUACGUGAGAAGGUGGUGAUCCAGCUGGCCUCCAUCAACCCCCUAUUGCUGCGCCCAGGGGACUUCUACCUACAGGUGGCACCCUUCUCUGAACAGUCCGCCCGCAUCGUGGUCCGGAGCCUGCUGUGGGAGGAGGAGGGACAGGGUCGGGAGGUGGAGGAGACACCCAUCCCUGAGACCUCCUACCCUUGCAUCUUCACUGAGGACUGGCUGGGAGAGCUCAACCGUGGCCGCCAUGGCACCCUUCUCAGCCAAUGUAUCCUCUCCACAGACCAGGGCAUGGUGAAGGUGCCAUGGGCACAGGUGGCUCUACCUGAGUUUGUGGAUAAACCCAGAACUAUGGCCUUGUCGUCUCCUGACCCUGCUGCUGCUCAACAGGAGAAAGUGGCAAGGCCAGGGCCCUCAUUGGUGCUGCCUCCCCCUGCCUCUGGGUACUCUGUUGAGACAAGGAUCUCUCCUGCUAAACAUGGCAUUGCGGUGUCGCUGCGUCUGGUGGACAGUAACUGCUCCAGGUUGGUUAAGGUGGAUCAGGAUUGGCCUGUGGCUAAGCCCAUAGGCUGGGUGUCUCCCAACACAUGGGACAGCCGCAGCAACAACAUCUCUGAGGUUGAGGGGGAAUAUAUAGACUUGGUGGAGUUCACUAAGGAGAAAGAAGCGUUGCUUCUCAGUGGGGCUCACAGUCACACACACCCCAGAGCGCCCAUGUUUAGGCCUGUUACCCUCAACAGGCCUGGUGUUCCUCCGGCUCCAGCCCUGCCCCCAGCCUUGGCCCCAGCCCCCCACCAGCCCCUCAGGGAACUGUCACACUGCGGCCGGACCGUCCGGUUCUCCGAGGACCCCCCCUGCACCCCUUGCAUGAGGAGGAGAAUGGGCCAGGUGUCCAAAGCACAGGAACUCAGGUGCUGGUACAGAGAGUCUUACCAUUCAGCACUGCAGAACCCUAUUACCUUUGAGCGUGACAAUGGACUGAAUACACUGGUGGUUCUGCAGGAGGCUAGUCCAUGUGAGGGGAGGCUGGGACCAGAGGGUAAAGAACUAUGUCCUGGUCCCUCCCAGCAGUGCUGCCAUCCAGACCCAGGUCACCAUGACCAGACUCCCCCUAUUAGCACGGUUCCCUGUUGGAAGUCUGGAGAAAGUAACACUAUAUCCAGUGGAGUUUUGCAAGGCCUAUGUGACACUAGGGAGUCUACAGAAAUGACCACCAAAUCCAGUGGAAUUUUACAAAGCCUGAAUGACACUAUAGAGGAUGAUGGGAGAUGUCCCUCCUCACUGUCGACCACUAUUGUGGACAUAUCAGAGAAGUGUGAAGUUGUGAUACAAGGAAGAAAAAGUAGGAGGGACAUUGACUUACCUACAAAGAUGAUUCCCAGCUUACAUGUAGUGAAAUGUAAAAAUGCCACAGCUUUUGGACUGGUUUCCCCAAAGAUUAACAGGCGGAGACUGCCCAACCAAGGUAAGAGGUCUACAGCAUGACAUCUUUUUGUUAUUCUGUAGUAUAUGAAAUAUAUCACAUCCCUCUGUAUCAUCCCUCCUUCCUAAAGAUGUCUCCAAAGCUGGCCAACCCUCCAUACCCUUUACAAACGGACACCAGACCCCUCCACCGGCCCCUCCACUUGAAAUUACCCAGCAGCCCCUGGGUCACUAUGCUGUGCCCAGGUCUAAGGUCCAGUUACCAGCCUCAGCAGAACCCAGCACUCACCACCUCCAGAUGGGAGUAGCAUGUCUUACUGGUAUGGAAACCCCCCUUACAUGGUUUGCCUCAGAGACAGAGGUGUAUGAUAUCUGUCCAGGGAAAGUGUAUCAGAUCCUCAUGUUCCCCUUUCCCAUACUCAGGUGGCAGAGACAGGACAGGUCGGUUGGUGGUUGAGGUGUACGGAGACCAGGAAGGAUGGAGAUCUCCUUUAGUGUCUAGUCUGGAACUCUGCAAACUUCUGCUCUACCUCCACUCUGUAAUCAGGUAUGUAUGAUACCCCCUGGGCUGGUCCCUCUCUUCUGUAGCCUGAACCACUGGAUUGUAUUCUUAAUUCAUUGUUUUCAUCUUCAUAAUUUCUAGGAGAGAACUAAGAGAACUUGGAAUGACACUAGUUAUUGAUGCUCGUAAGAGUUCACCUCCACCACAGUUCAAUAAGGCCUUGUUGGUGGUUCAGGUAAGAAGACUUGACAUCUUCCUCGUCAUUUUGGAAUCAGCACUACACAACAUCACCACAAGAGGGUAGCAGCUAUCUAAAUAAUUAUUCCCUCGCUAUGUCGAGAUCACAACUUAUUUAUCUCAGUUGUUUUGUCGAGAUCACAAGAUAAUCAAAAGUACCACACAUCAUCCAUUAAUUUGUUCAGAUGCACAUGGGGCAUGUCUCCCAGGCUGCGUGCUGCCCCCAAGACCACAGCCAAUCGCAUGCAAGGAACAGCACAGCUAACUUGGCUAGUCUGGUGAGCUAGCUAGUUAUCUAGGUAGUCUUGUUAGCUAGCUAGCUAGCAAGCUAGCGUGUUAUCUAUGCUUGUUGUUAGCUUGCAUAACUGAUAUCUUUAUAAUUAUAAGGAACACUUCAUGUUUUGUGGAUAAUAUUUACAUUUACAGUGGGUGAGUUCCAUUCCUGACAGGCUGAUCAGAUUCAAUAGCAGCCUCAGAAGCUGAUCAAUCAGACUGCAGCCUUGUAGGCUGUUUCAUAUUUAAGGCUCCUUGCAGACAGCCUCCAAGGCAGAAUCCUGAUUUAUCAGCCUUUGAGGCUGCUAUUGAAUCUGAUCAGCCUGUCAGCAAUGGAUACACAUACUCUGUAAAUGUAAAUAUUAUCCAUAAAACAUUAAGUGUCCCUUACAAUUAUACACAUAUCAGUUAUGCAAGCCAACAACCAGCAUAGUUAACAAGCUAGUUAGCUAUCUAGCUAACAAGACUACCUAGCUAACUAGCUAGCUAGCUGGCACUCACUCACUCACAAGACUAGCCAAGUUAGCUGUGUUGUUGCCUGGGAGUGGCAUACAGGCCUACCAGUCAGGCAUCGUUUAGGGCUUAAAUGCUUCAUGAGGGUUUAGCUCCCCCACGAGCUUUUGGCUCAAGGUAAGGGACAUUUAGCUUGCUAACAUUCUAACUUCUAUACUGAUAAUAAGCUCCAAACACAAAUGAAAGCAUGAUGUUAGCAUGAAAUGUACCAUCCCUUAGUGUAGCAAUCAAUAGAAACGUAUGAGCUGAUCCAGCUGCCUCAGCCAUACUGGCAAUCUAUCAUCAAUACAUCCACUCCUAUUUAUAGAAUUUCUUGUGAUCUUGACAAAACAACUUUUGCUGUGUCGUGAUCAUGAGAAAAUUAUUGUGAUCUCGACAAAACAACUUUUGUUAUGUAGUUGUCAGGGUUCAGACAGACGACCAGAGGACCACAAUUGCGUCACACCAGAAAGUUUAUUAAAACUUAAGGGAAAAGGGAAGUAGGGAGUGAAUGAAGGCUCCAGGGGUAACAGGGAUCCCGUCCAAUGAGCUGGGUCUGUGCCCCCCCCAGUGGCAGCGAUGCGUCCUAUGAAGCCGGUGGUGGGUGGUCCAGAAGUCCUGGGGGGGGGAGACACAGACACAACAGGGCGGAAUGAAACAAGGCAGCAGUACAGUUCAAGGGAAAUCCAAAAUACGUAGUAGCAAGGCAGAAGGCUGGUCAGAGUUACCGGGAUUGAAGAGUAGUCAGAAGUCGUUAUGGCAGAAGCAGGUCUGGAUCUCCUGGGGCAGAAGAGUAUCCAAAAAUCAGGCAGGUCCGGGGUCACAAAACCAGGGUGAGCCAGAAGCGCGAGCAAACAGGUUCCGGGUGUGAGCUUUGCAGACGAUCUGACACCGGAGAGCUGAAAGACCGGGCCUUAAAUACUGGGAGAGGUAGUGGGUAAUGCAGCGCAGCUGGCAGAGUAAUUAGAGCAGAGCAGAGCAGGGACAGGUGGAGCUAGUUAGGCUGAGUAGAGAGAGUGGUGAGCAGAGUGGCAGAAAAUUAAGGUGGUAACCCGGUGGAGUGAGAGGCUCAUGACAGAACCCCCCCCCCAAGGGACGGCCCCAGAAGUCCCAAGAGCAACACCACGCCGGGCGGGAGGAGGGGAGCCGGAGGAGGGCUAGAACUCCUCCGAACGGUCCGAGUGAACGUCCUCAUCCUCGGAGGAAGCCGGAGGGCCGUGGUCGGGAGAUGGGACAGGUCCCGAGCCAGGAUCAGGCACAGGACAGGAAGCCGAGCGGGCAGGACGGUUAGGGACCCCUCUGGGGCGGCCCCUACGGAUUGCAGGUUGAUCAGGAUGCCGUUGGUGGAAAGCGGUGAUGAGAGUCCUAUCCACAAUCCGACUAGCUGGCACCCAGGUCCUUUCCUCAGGUCCAUAGCCCUCCCAGUCAAUGAGGUACUGGAGACCCCUACCCCUCCGUCUGGACCGAAGCAGGCGGCGGACGGUGUAAACCAGACCACCAUCGACGAGCCGUGGAGGAGGAGGACAAGGCGCAGCAGGGACCAGCGGACUCUCAUGGAUGGGCUUAAUCUUAGACACAUGGAAAGUGGGGUGCACCCUCAGGGAAUUAGGCAGUUGGAGCCGGACAGCAGUUGGGCUAAUCACUCUUAUGAUAGGGAAUGGGCCAAUGAACCGAGGUGCCAGCUUCUGCGACUCCACCCUGAGUGGCAGGUUCUUCGAUGACAACCACACCCUUUGACCAACAUGGUAGGUGGGAGCAGGAAUUCUCCGACGGUUGGCCCCGGUAGUGUAGCUGGCAACGGAUCUGAGGAGUGUGGCUCGGGCUUGUGACCAGGUGCGGCGACAUCGACGGGCAAAAGCAAGUGCAGAUGGGCAAGUAACCUCCUCUUCCUGGCUGGCAAAUAGAGGAGGCUGGUAUCCAUAAACACAUUGGAAAGGGGACAUACCGAUGGCAGAGCAGGUCAGAGAAUUGUGUGCGUACUCCACCCAUGUCAAUUGCUGCGACCAGGAGUGGGGGUUGCGUGAAGUCAUGCAUCGCAGUGCCUUCUCGAGCUCCUGAUUAGCCCGCUCUGACUGCCCAUUGGAUUGGGGAUGGAAUCCGGAAGUCAGACGGACUGUGGCUCCCAGCAGGUGACAGAACUCCUUCCAAAAAGCGGAGGAGAAUUGUGGACCACGGUCAGAAACUACAUCCUUUGGCAGUCCGUGGAUCCGGAAGACGUGUUCCAGGACCACCUGGGCGGUCUCCUUGGCGGUAGGGAGCUUGGGGAGGGGAAUGAAGUGUGCCAUCUUGCUGAAACGGUCAACUAUGGUGAGAAUGACGGUCAUGCCACUUGAAGGGGGCAGCCCCGUGACAAAGUCAAGGGCGAUGUGAGACCAGGGACGUCUGGGCACAGGCAGGGGCUGCAGCAAUCCGGCUGGGGGCUGGCAGGACGACUUGUGUUGGUUGCAGAUGGGGCAGGCUUGGACGAAUUCCCGUACAUCCUUUCUCAGAGAGGGCCACCAGAACCUCUGGGCGAGCAGGUUGUAAGUGCGGGUGGAGCCAGGGUGACAAGCUAGGCGGGAGUCAUGUCCCCACUGAACGACCUGGGACCUCAGGUCUUCGGGGACAAAAAGGCGGUCAGCUGGGCAAGUGCUGGGACCUGGCUGGUUACGGAGAGCCUCCAGCACCUGUUCCUCAACAGCCCAGGUCAGAGCUGCAACGAUGCAGGGACUUGGCAGAAUCGACACAGGGUCCUUGGAGGGGGUGUCAUCCUUCUGGAAUUGACGGGAGAGGGCGUCUGGCUUGGUGUUGCGUGAUCCAGGCCGGUAUGACAGAGUGAAAUUAAACCUGGUGAAGAACAGGGCCCAGCGGGACUGCCUGGAGUUCAACCGUUUGGCCGUGCGGAUGUACUCCAAGUUCUUAUGAUCGGUCCAAACGAGAAAUGGAAUGGUGGACCCCUCCAGCCAGUGACGCCACUCCUCCAAGGCAAGCUUCACAGCCAGCAGCUCACGGUUCCCUAUGUCGUAAUUGCACUCAGAGGGGGACAACCGACGUGAGAAAAAGGCACAGGGAUGGAGCUUCCUAUCCUCCGCAGCCCACUGAGAAAUCACAGCACCAACUCCCACAUCCGAGGCGUCCACCUCCACAAUGAAUUGCCGGUCCACAUCAGGCAUCUGGAGGAUGGGAGCGGAGGUGAACCUCACCUUGAGGGUACUGAAGGCUUUGUCGGCUGCUGGGGUCCAGGUGAAGGGUUGCUUGGUGCUGGUUAGAGCAGUGAGAGGGGCAGCAACGGUACUGUAGUUCCGGAUAAACUUUCUGUAGAAGUUAGCAAACCCCAGAAACUGUUGCAGCUUCUUUCUGUUCUCCGGAACUGGCCAUGAAGUGACUGCUGAUACUUUGGCAGGAUCCAUUUGGAUACUUCCCUCUGCCACUAUGUACCCCAGGAAGGCCACUGUCUUGACGUGAAACUCACAUUUCUCUGCCUUGGCGUAGAGGGAAUUCUCCAGAAGACGAUGAAGGACUUGCUGGACAUGGCGGGUGUGUUCAGACAGGUUUCUGGAGUAGAUUAAGAUGUCAUCCAGGUAAACGAAGACAAACUUGUUUAACAUGUCCCGCAGUACAUCAUUCACUAGAGCCUGGAACACAGCAGGAGCAUUGGUGAGGCCAAAAGGCAUAACCAGAUACUCGUAGUGGCCUGUUGGUGUAUUGAAUGCGGUUUUCCAUUCAUCUCCCUCCCGGAUCCGCACUAGGUGGUAAGCGUUUCUGAGAUCCAACUUGGUAAAAACAGUGGCUCCCUGGAGCAACUCAAAAGCAGAGGUGAGCAGAGGCAGAGGGUAACGGUUUUUCACUGUGAUGUCGUUGAGUCCCCUGUAGUCGAUGCAGGGGCGAAGAGAUCCGUCCUUCUUCCCCACAAAGAAGAAGCCAGCACCAGCAGGAGAUGAAGAUGAACGGAUUAAUCCUGCGGACAGAGAGCCAUUGAUGUAGUCCUCCAUGGACUUUCUUUCAGGAGCAGACAACGAAUAAAGACGACCCUUUGGAGGGGCUGUUCCAGGGAGGAGGUCGAUGGCACAGUCGUACGGUCGGUGAGGGGGCAGAGAUGUGGCUCUUGCUUUGUUAAACACCUCUCUGAGACCAUGGUAGCAUUCUGGGACAUUGGAGAGGUCAGGAGCGGAGUUAGUAGGUACUGGCCGAGGGGGGUAGUGCGGCAGCAAGCAGGCAGGUACGGUGGCAGUCCUCUCCCCACUCCCUGAUCACCCCGGUCACCCAGUCGAGCUGAGGGUUGUGCCGGCGGAGCCAUGGGUAACCCAGGAUGAGGGGUUGGCCUGGAGAGGGGAGCAGGUGAAACUGGAUAGUUUCUUGAUGGUUUCCGGACAGACCCAUCGAGACCGGGGCCGUGACGUGAGUGACCGAUCCGAGUAAGUGUCCGUCCAGUGCCCGGGCAGGAAUAGGAGGUGUCAAACGGAGGUUCUCCAGUCCCAGUUGGCGUGCCAGCUUGAUGUCCAUUAUGUUGGCUUCGGCGCCAGAAUCCACCAGAGCAGCCAGGGUGUGAGUUGAGUCAGAGAGGCGGAGGUGAACUUGCAGCAGGGGUUUGCGGUCGGAGGACUGGAUGGUCAUUGAACUCAACCGGACUCCCCCUAUGCCCGGUGAGCUUCGGCCCUUUAAAGGGCAGGUUACCACACGAUGUCCAUCACCUCCACAAUAGAGGCAGAGGUUUGAGGUGAAGCGGCGCUGGCGCUCUGCAGGAGUGAGAGAGGCUCGCCCAAUCUCCAUAGGCUCAGACUGAUCAAGCUGACCUGGGUGAGUGGCAGUAGAUGACAGGAGCCCAGUCGGAUCUCUCCGAAUGCCGGUAGUAGGUGGAACUUGGCGCCCCCUCUCACGACGACGGGUCUGUAUCCUUCUGUCGAUCCUGACAGUCAGUGCGAUGGCUUCAUCAAGAGUGGAAGGCAGUUCAUGGGAGACCAACUCGUCCUUGAUAUAGUCAGCCAAACUAUGGAAGAACGCGUCCACCAACGAUGGUGUGUUCCAAGAACUUCGUCUAGCCAGGGUUCGGAAGUCGAUGGAAUGGUCUGCGACUGUACGUCUGCCUUGUCGAAUACUGAACAGUUCACGAGACGCCUCUGCGGUUGGUGAAUCCAGGUCAAACACCUUCAGCAUCUCCUCAGCAAACAGGUCGAAGGUUGCACAUGCGGGGGUUUGACGUUCGAACUCUGCUGUUCCCCAGAGUCGAGCUCGGCCCGUCAGGUGAGUGAUGGCAUACCCAACUUUAGCCCCCUCCGUGGCGAAGGUCCUUGGCUGCAAGGAGAACUGAAGUCGGCAGCUAGUCAGGAAUGGCCGGACCUGGGUUGAGUCGCCGUUGAACCGCUCGGGGUUUCCAAUCUUGGGUUCCGGAGCAGCGGCUGCAAUGACCGGGGCAGGUAACUCGGGGGCAGGGCUGGUGGGCAGACUGGCUGGGGUAAGGUUGGUGAGGAGUUGAAUGAUCAUGGCGAGUUGUUGUUGCUGCUGCUGGAACUGCUGCUCAUGCUCAUCGGUUUCCAUGUCGGGGAAAGUGUGCGCUGAGUCCAUAAUGGUCAGAUCGUACUGUCAGGGUUCAGACAGACGACCAGAGGACCACAAUUGCGUCACACCAGAAAGUUUAUUAAAACUUAAGGGAAAAGGGAAGUAGGGAGUGAAUGAAGGCUCCAGGGGUAACAGGGAUCCCGUCCAAUGAGCUGGGUCUGUGCCCCCCCCAGUGGCAGCGAUGCGUCCUAUGAAGCCGGUGGUGGGUGGUCCAGAAGUCCUGGGGGGGGGGAGACACAGACACAACAGGGCGGAAUGAAACAAGGCAGCAGUACAGUUCAAGGGAAAUCCAAAAUACGUAGUAGCAAGGCAGAAGGCUGGUCAGAGUUACCGGGAUUGAAGAGUAGUCAGGAGUCGUUAUGGCAGAAGCAGGUCUGGAUCUCCUGGGGCAGAAGAGUAUCCAAAAAUCAGGCAGGUCCGGGGUCACAAAACCAGGGUGAGCCAGAAGCGCGAGCAAACAGGUUCCGGGUGUGAGCUUUGCAGACGAUCUGACACCGGAGAGCUGAAAGACCGGGCCUUAAAUACUGGGAGAGGUAGUGGGUAAUGCAGCGCAGCUGGCAGAGUAAUUAGAGCAGAGCAGAGCAGGGACAGGUGGAGCUAGUUAGGCUGAGUAGAGAGAGUGGUGAGCAGAGUGGCAGAAAAUUAAGGUGGUAACCCGGUGGAGUGAGAGGCUCAUGACAGUAGUGAUCAUGAGAUAAAUAAGUUGUGAUCUCGACAUAACGAGGGAAUUAUUUUUGUAUUCAUAUGUCCUCUACUGAACUCAACUAAACUUUUCCCUCUGUUUAUUCUUGUCUUUACUCCCCUGAUUGUGCUCAGUUUUACCUGCAGUUAUAGGCUACUGUAUUUACUCAUACCUAUUUAUUGUUGUGACGUCUCCUAUUUUGAUUAUGUUACAGGAGCAGAUUCCCCAUGCAAUACACAGUGUCUUGAUCCUAGUGGAGAAGGAGAGCUGCCAUCGCCCAGAGAAAUGUCCUAGACUACAGGUCAGAUCUGAAUCAAGGGUUUCCUCUAAUGAUUUCCAUCAGGCUUAUCAUUUCAUAAACACUUGCAUUCAUUCUGGGUGGCUUGCUCUCUGAUGUCACUGACUGUGCCAUUAUCUAUCUAUAAAUAGAUUGCUGUGGUGACCUCACUGAAGGGGUUGCACAAGCUGGUGGAGGGGAGCCAGCUGACCUCAGGCCUAGAGGGCACCCUUCCCUACAACCACAUUGACUGGCUGCAGCUCCAUCAGGUAGGACAGUUAGAGCAGAAAAGCGACUGCAGAUGAGGUUCUGUUUGUUCCUAGCAGAACUCGUCUAGGCGUAAGCGCACACGACUGUGAUCUCGAACUCCCUUGGAGACCUUCCCUUGAAAAAUGAUCAGUUGACCAAUCACGACAAAGGGGCUGAUAGGUUAUACAUUUGACUAAAGUAGACUUCGGCUACCAAACUUCAACUUGCCUUUAGAAAAUAAAUUCUGUGUGUGAACAAAAAAAAGAAAAAAAGAACAAAAAUGGCACAACAUUUUGACUGGAUAGUAUGCAACAGCCUUUUAACAGACACUACAGAACUCUUGUUUGUUGUUCUGCUUUGAUGUCUGAUGAUCAGAACAUUUAUCUUUCAGAAACUUCAUCCCUUUAUGUCAGAUCUCCAGGAGGCCUCAGGUUUGCUACUAACGGCCAUCAGGAAACUAGAGGGAGGCUGUAAGAUUGACACAGUGCAGGUAUUGGAUUUAACCUUGACGACACUGUAUUAUUGAAAACAUGUUGGAAUGGACUAGGGGUUCUUAUUAUCCUCAAUACUUUCUCUCCCUGUGUGGCAGGAUGCACAGAGGUGUAUUCUAGAACAGAGAACUCUGAUGAAGGAUGUUCUGGAGGACAGCCGAUUGGUCGCUUUGCAAAGGGAGGGUGGAGCCAUGCUGGCCAGGCUGAGAAAGGAGAGUGACCUCAGAUACUCUCACUGUGAGAAUUACAGGUAUACUACCGGUCACUGUUUAGUUUGAGUGGGAUAAUUGUGAGUCUUCUUCAAAAUAUGCUUAUCAAUGUAAUAUUCCCUUGACCUCUGACCGCUCUGUGCAGUGAUGCGGUGGAUUCUGUGACCUGCAUGUACAACCAUGUAGAGGAGCAGGCCCAUAUGCUUGUGCAAAGAUCCAACAUGUCCCUGGAGCACCUUGAAUACCUGCUCCAACUCAGAGAAAUGGAGGGCCACUUCACUAAGGUACAUUCUGAGGCUCCUCAUACAGUAUACAUAGUUUAUAUCUAUUAUGUAAAUACAUGGGAUAUUUAGUAACCACCCUCCCUUCUGUAGAUCAGGGAAUGGUUUGAUACAGAAGGGGAACGGCGGUUGUUGGAGGCAGAAUCGGUGGAGGACUCCAGAGAAAGUGUGGAGCAGACUCUCCAUAGUUUCAGUGCAUGCCUCACUGAAGCCAAUGUAAGUCAGUCUAUCUCCACUUACCCAAUGACGCAAAGUGGUGACACUGUUUCAUGCAGAAAUGGAAGUGCCCAUGAAAGUCCAUGUUUCAAUUUAAUCUGAUGUUUACUGUUACUGUCCAUUAGGAGCAGAAGCACAAGGCAAUGGCCCUGGUGACAGAGGCAGAGAAGAUCCAGGGCCCAUUCCCUGAGACUGAGGUGUUCAGGACCAUGGUCUGCACCUUCAAAUCUGGCCUGGCUGACUUCCUCUCCCGGGCAGAGAGGUGCUGUAAUGAGCUGGAGAUUAUGGUCACUGUGUGCAACUUCUGUGAACAGGUUGGUGUCUAUACUGAAUAAUGGAUCGGUUGUUGUUCCACGUUGUUUAGUUAACAUUUUACCUACAACAUGUUAUAAAAUUCAUACUGAUGGUGACAUGUUGUAGGGAUAUAGGGGAAAAUGAUGAAGCUUGAAUUACUGUCAACUCUGUGUCUCUUUCAAGGUUUUUGAAUAGGCUGAGGCUGCGGAUCCGACUUUUCUGGACCUUUCUUCCCGACAGCUACAGGUCCCAUAGCUUCUGCCCACGUGCGGGAUUCUCUACUUUCUCUGCUCUACUCCUAGAGAACCUCCCAUUUCUCACUGUUAAUCGUGAAUGAUAAUUCUAGUUUUACGGCCAUGCAGCAUCUACAUAUCAACCAUUUGAUCUCAAUCAGUUUCAUGGGGAUAUGCAUUUAGAUCUUCUUGAGUUAUAGGCUACAAUUUCGAAGUAGCCUACACUGUUGUUUUGAAUUAUGUUCAGUGAGCGAGGCAUAGCCUACCUGUAUUUAGUUUCAAUCAAAGCACAUAUUUUGCCUGGUGCCGCGCGUUGUUGAGUUUUGGCCACAUGAAAGAAAAAUAUGACCAUUUAAUCUCAAUCAUCCUAAAAUCUCAUAAGAAGUGUUUUUUGUCUUACAGUAGCAACGUUAUGCUAUUAUAUUUGGUUUUGUUAUGUAGAAUACUGUAAUGACCCGGGCUGGGUCAUGAAGGAAAAAGAGACGGACACCAGGUGUGAUGGGCAGAACACAGGUUUAUUCCUAAACUGGGCUAUUGUUCAGGCCACUGCCCACGCCGCUAAAUUCUGAAUGUACACAAAUACACAAUGUAAAGUUAAGUGGCAGACUCAUAGGAGCAGAUCAGGAUCCCGAAUAGAAAGAGAGAGAGAGAUGAGACAGUAGCCCCUAUUUAUGCAUAUAAAACCCAGCGGGAUUACCCGUCAUACCCCCCAACCUGGCAUAUUUAACCCCUGCUAGCACCCAUGAGAACAAUAACACACCCACGAACACAGAACACAAUACCGGGCCGUUACAAUACUAUCAUUAUGUGAUCUUGCAGACAUUGAUUCAGCUUUGAUCAAACUUUAUUAAAAGUAUACUUCGGGAUUUUGCCCCUUAUCUACUUCCGCAGAAUCAGAUGAACUCGUGGAUACCAUUUUUAUGUCUCUGCGUGCAGUUUGAAGGAAGUUCAAACUUCCUAACUAGUGUUAGCGCAAUGACUGGAAGUCUAUGGGUAUCUGCUAGCAUGCAGUCAUUGCGCUAAUGCUAGUUAGCAUUGGCUCACGAAACUACCUCCAACUUCCUUCAUACUGGACACAGAGACAAAUAAAUGGUAUCCACGAGUUCAUCUGACUCUGGGGAAGUAGAUAAAUGGGUUCAUUGCCAAACUCACAAAGGUUCCCUUUAAACAAGCACCAUUCACCAGAGUAGCCUGUGCAUUAAGUAGAGAAUCUCACACAUGCGCAGACGUUUCGGGACUUUUAGCUGUCGGGAAGAAAGGUCCGGAAAAGUCGGCUCUGCAGCCACUCUAUUUUGAAUAAGUAUUUUUCUUUUCUUCCAGGCUACUGAGCUGGCCAAAGACUGCAGACAAUACCUGGACCAGGUUGUCAAGCGCCCAGAGACGGAUGAUGUCUCUACACUCCAGAUGUACCAGGAGAGCUUUGUCCAUUUCUCCCCAGAGCUCUUCCAGGAGGUGAAGGCCCAGGCGUGUGCUUUGAGGGGCUCCAGGGGCAUGCGGGUGUGGAACGUAGCCUGGCUAAAGUGUCAGGAGGUCAGGCAGCAGCUGGAGGAGAGACUGCAGGAUGUGGAGAGGGCCUUGCGGAACACAGGCCCCUGGCAUGAACAACUUAGAGCUGGUGAGGAUGAGGCCUCGGUUCAGACAGUGACUCAUCAUGAUGGAGCUCUGUUACUGCCCAGACCUGGUCCACCACUCUGGUACAAUCCCCCAUCAGGCUCUAUGGUGGGUAGGUAUCAUGGGGCCUUGGAGAGCAGGAACAACUCUGUGACCUGCUGUAAUAUCAACUUCAAGCCUGAGAAUAACAGACCUUGUAAAUGGUCAAAGAUCACCACCAUGCCGGCCUCUCCCCAUAUCAGAUACAUUAGGAGAGCGGAGAGGGAGCCCAGCGGGAGAGAGGCCUGCCGAGGGAGGAGCAGAGAGGCCGCCACCCUUGCCGACUCGCACACUUUGGGCUGUGAGUGGUUCCCGUGGCAACGCGGGGGUCUGGGCCGGUCCAUGAGCGAGGAGUCGUGUGCGACCGCCGCGUCCAGUCAGUCUGAGACUCGCGUCCAUACACCUUCCUGCUCCCACAAGCAACCCUCCUGUCGGAUCCUGCAGGCCGCUCAGAAGUUCCAGAUCUCACGGCAUGGCAGCUUCUGCUCAGAGGAAUCCUGUAGUGUCCAAGAGGGGGCAGAGUGGGCCUCUUCAAGGAAUACUAGCCCAGCAGUGAGGAGGUGUGAGGGAACAACAUCGUUGGCAAGUCCAGAGGAGAAGGCUGGCCAUGUUUUGUGAGUUACUAAUGGAGCAAGACCUUCACCUUAGAUUGACUCAAUGUGUUUUCACUUUUGCUUCAUCUACUCUUUCUGUCUCUAAGCUUGCACUAUAUUGACAAAGGUACAUUUCAAUUAUUGAUUUUCAGUUAUUUCCAGAGGACUGAACAUGAGAGUUUGUGUUUGGCUGUGUUGUUGAUAUAACUUUAUAUGUCUGUAGGAAGCUGCAACGGAUCAUGGUGGAGCUACUGUUAACAGAGAGGGAGUAUGUGCGCUCCCUGGGUUACAUCCUAACUCACUACCUCCCCCUGCUGGAGAGGCCUGAUGUGCCCCAGGACUUGCGGGGCAAACGUGGAGUCAUCUUUGGGAACCUGGAGAAGCUGUAUGACUUCCACUGCCAUUUCUUCCUCAGAGAGCUGGAUGCCUGUCAGACAGAGCCCUUACAAGUGGCUCGCUGCUUCCUGAGACACGUGAGUUUCAGUUUGCCUGCUCAUGUCUCUUAAUUCACAUUUUCUACAUGUUAAGUUUGAGUCCUAUAACUAUGUUGAUUAGCUGAAUUUGCUACUGAAGUUGAAUACAUUUAAUAUUCCUGUUGUGACUGUAAACUCUUCCCCAUAUAUGCAGAGAGACAGUUUAGGCCUCUAUGCACUCUACAGCAAGAACAAGCCUCAAUCAGAUGCCUUAAUCCUUCACCAUCGCCAUGACAUCUUCAAGGUGAGGCACUCCCGUCAAUGCUCAAUGUCAAAGAUCAAUGCUCAAUUCCUAUCAAAGCUCUCUCCAUCCCUACUGCGACCAAUCCUCUGUCUCCUCUCCUCCCAUCCCAGAGGAAGCAGCAGGAGCUGGGGGACCACAUGGACCUGUCCUCCUACCUGCUGAGGCCCAUCCAGAGGAUCAGUAAGUACAGCCUGCUGCUGCAAGACAUGCUGGGGAUGUGUGGGCCUCAGAGAGACAGGGAAGAACUCCAGGCUGCAGCCGACGUGGUCCGCUUCCAGAUGCGUCAUGGCAAUGACCUCCUCACCAUGGACGCCAUCCAGGACUGUGACGUAAGUUUACCGUCCAAAUCAUCUCAAUCUCCAAAUAAUGUAUCACUUAUGAACAGCUGUCCAAAUGGGGCGUAGAUGUGGGAGUAUAAGUGGGAAAUGAUCACCCAUUAUUGUAUGUACAGUAUCAAGCAUUUUCAGGAAUACAUUAUUCUCCACUCCUCCCUCCGCCACCAGGUGAAUCUGAAGGAACAGGGCCAGCUGAUUCGCCAGGAUGAGUUCACCGUGUUCUUCAGAAAGAAGAAAUGCUUCCGUCGUAUUUUCCUCUUCCAGGAUCUCAUCCUCUUCAGCAAGACCAAGAAGACCAAUGUGGGCAAUGAUGUGUACAUCUACAAACAUUCUUUCAAGGUGUGUAUACAGUAUUAUUUAAAAAAAACAGACCCAAUUUACAGAAUGCAUUUUGAGUACUGUAAUUAUUGUUCAACAAAAAUAAUGCUAUCUUACCAGCCUUUAUGUUUGCUAAACAAAGACCAAAUCAUCCAGCCCUUAUGUUGAAAUUGGAAACAGCAAGCAUUCUUUAUUUAGUCUUUCUUUCUUUAGUCUUUCUUUCACUUCUGUUUCUGUCUAGACAUCUGAUAUCGGGAUGACCCAUAACUCUGGAGAGAGUGGUUUCUGUUUUGAGAUCUGGUUCCGGAGGAGGAAGUUCCAGGACACGUACACUCUGAAGGCUGACAGGGCGGAGGUGAAAAGGGCCUGGGCCAGAGACCUGGAGCAGAUCCUCUGGGAACAAGCUGCCAACAGCAGAGGUGAAUCCUAGUUUUGGGGGGGGAACUCAGUCCAGCUUUCAACUUAAUCUUGAAAGUUGUAAUAAUAGAAUGCACAAGGUGCAAUUUCGAACUUGAGUAGUGCAUCAUCACUUUUCCUCUUGUCAUGUCGGUCAUUGCAUACCUUAGAGAGCUAUUUAUAAAUGUCCAGAUCAACUAGCCCAUGUCAGCUAAUGUUCUUUAGCUAGGUUUCUUAGCCCAUACAUUUUCUUGUAAUGUUUGAGUCACUCAAAUAUCAUAUGAAUAAACAUUAGACAUGGCAAAAUGUAUAGAAUUGCAAGAAAAUGUGCUUUCAAACUACACAAUUUGCUCUGCACACCAUGACAAAAUGUGUAGAAUUGCAGGAAAUAAGCUUUAAACCUGCACAUUUUUCUCUCUGCCAACAAGAGGGGUGUGAACAGUUUGUGUCAUGAACAGUGCUUGUGUCCAUAGAAAUAGACAUGGUGCUCACAGGGGGGCGCCACGUUGGGGAUGUUCCCCAAUGCUGGAAGGGGAGCCUGAGCGAAAAAGUUUGGGAACCCCCGUGGAGGUGCAAUUGUGAACAAAUGCCAUAUCAGACGUUAAAUACAUCCAAUUUAUGUUUUGGUUCAGUAUGUUUGAGCAUGAAGACAGGUGUUGUGUUUCGUGUGUUGUAGAGCUGCGGAUACAGGAGAGAGUGUUCAUGGGCAUGGGGAGGAAACCUUUCAUGGACAUACAGCCUAGCGAGGCAGCCAUCUGUGACAGGGCUGUCAAUUGGGACAGGGCAGACGUCGGUGACAGGGCUGUCAAUUGGGACAGGGCAGACGUCGGUGACAGGGUCGUCAACUGUGUUCUGCUAGGAAGAGGUAACAAGUCCACAGCCAAGACCCAAGUCCCAUACCCAUGAACUGACAACACAAAUGUGUAAUGUACUCACUGACUGAAUUGUCUCUUUGCUUUGUCAGCUCCUGUGCCGUCUUUUCCACAAACAGAUCUUGAAUAUCUCCGGCCCAACUCCAUUGGUUCAGGCAGUAGUGCCUCCUGCAGCCACUCAUCUUUUUCCUCUGGACAAGGUUCUUUACCUCCUGUUGGUUACCCUGGUAACCAGACACAAGGUGGGGAAACCGAUCACAUUGUCUAUUCCUCCCCGGAGACUGUGACGGUGACUGAAGAUGACCUCAAUAACCAUCAUAAUCACCAGAAACAAAACCUUAAUCUUCUCAGUGAGUUUUCUUGUUCUUGCAUUAGGGCCCUGUGUUUUGGCUAAUCAUGUCCAUUACCUGGAUUUUAACCUUUGUUUUAAGUAUUUUCCAGAAAUGAGAAUUAGACCAACAAAUUAAAGCAAUUGUCUGAGGAUGGUGCUGGACCACCUGACAUAAAAAGAAAAGGGGACAGUAUGAUGAAAAAGCUUUAAAUAAAGGUUAAAAUCCAGGUCAUGUGACAUGAUUAACCAAAACACAGGGCCCUAUGCAUGGUGCAAGACUACAGACUAACACAAUCAGACAUACAGAACAUGACUCUUGAUAUGUGCAAGCAUGUGACUAAACGUGGGUGAUGCCAUAUCUACUUACCUUUCUGUUGAUUCCAGUGGACAGCACGGAGUCGUCAGGUGAGAGUGGCAGUGUGUUCAGCAGCUUGGAGCGCAGCUGCCUCUCUGCCAUUGGUGGAGAGGUGGAGGACUUGUCAUCUGUCACGUCCCAGAGUUCCCAGUCCUGUGUCACCCAGAGAACAGCAGCACCCAAUCUCAGGAAGAACAGCUCACCUGCCACCAUCAGGAAGAAGCCCUCCAUUGCUCCCAAACCACCAGCGCUGGCUGCUCUUCAGAGCCUCCAAAAGGUGUGGUGAAAUGAUGUGAUCAAGCCAGUAAUUGGACCUAAUAGUAAACCUUCAUAAUAAUUAUACUGAACAUUUUCAAAUUGAUAAUUUUAGUUACAUUUUGAAUAUUUAAUCUCUAUAAAGAUCAAAGAAAACUGACAGCCAAUACCUUCCUCACAGGGCAAAGAAAUGGUUGCUAUAGGAAAAUCAACAGAAGUUUAACCUGUGCAUUCAACGGGUGAGUUGGGACCAAAUACAGUACUUUUUAUUACCAUACAAGGUGCAUACAUGUGCAAUGUAGUUGUUUAACAUAUUAUGGAAUUGAUUUCCUUCUAGAUGGUUCAUCCAGUCAGAUUGAUGGUGCAGCCUACCGAGAACGUCCUGUGGAUCUUUGAGCAGUGA